CUUCUUCUUCUUCUUCUUCCAAUUCACUUAUUUCUGUCAGUUUACGUACAAUGCAUCCAUCGAAUUGUCUUCUGGUACUUUCUGCCGUUCUCCUUCUCACUACAGUUUCCCACGUGGCAGCCGUUCGUUGUAAAUGCACAAAAGAGUCCGAAACGGUGACGUGUACAGAUGGUGUGUGCGAAACUGAAAAUGGAUCAUGUCUUAUGCUGGAUCAUCCAUCGAUGGGAAUUCAUUACACAUGUCACACGAGGGGUUUGAAAGACGGAAGCUGUCAUAACCGAACCUCAAAAAGCGGAGUCUCGGUGAAAAUUUGCGGUUGUAACGCUCCGGACUUUUGCAAUUUCUCCAUGUGGCCAGACAAAUCAGCUCAUCACCAUCACAAACACCAUCACAAGCAUCAUGACGAAGCUCAGGAAGAAUCAAUUAAUUCAGUUUCCCGAUAUUCUACUAUUUUCUCCUUAGCAGCUUCAUCUAUUCUUUAUUUUGUCCUCUAACUUCCUAAAUAGACGCUAAUUUUCUCUCUAGUCCCGGCUCGCCGGUGGAGCUCUGCUUCAUUUUGUGAUAAUUUUCCAAUUUUCCACUUUUUUCUGCAAAGUUAUUUUAAAAACCAAUUCUGACCUGUCUUCUCACAAUUCACUGUAAAAAAGGGUAUUUCUUUUCCAUAGGUUGGGUUUUGCCACGUGGCCGCGAAUGAGAAAACUUCGGCCACGGCGCAAAAGUUGGCCAGUGAUUCCAUGUGUUUAUAUUAUGCAAAUUUAUAAUUUGAUUAUUAUAAUAAUAAUUUUCUUGUAUUUUCUUUAAGAAAAACAAUAAAGUUUUUCGCUUUUUUGUGAAAAU